AUGGGAGAACGGAAGGUUUUGAACAAAUACUACCCGGCGGACUUCGAUCCGGCGAAGAUUCCUCGCCGGAGGCAACCCAAGACCCAACAACAGAUGAAAGUGCGGAUGAUGCUUCCUAUGAGUAUUCGGCGUGGGACGUGCGGUAAUUACAUCUACAAGGGAACUAAAUUCAAUUCCCGUAAGGAAGAUGUCGUGGGGGAGACCUAUCUGGGCAUCCAGAUUUUCAGGUUUUAUUUCAAGUGCACCAACUGUUCAGCAGAAAUAACUUUCAAGACGGAUCCCCAAAAUUCAGAUUAUGUUGUUGAGUCUGGUGCCGGUAGGAAUUUCGAACCUUAG